AGAAAAGGGGGAAAAGAAAUCGGAACUGCUCUUUCAAAAAAUUUCCACCCAAAACCAAAACCUAUAUUUACAAUUUUCAUUUCAUAUAUAAAAUGGGAAAAUCAAUUCCAUUUUCGUCAAAACUUCAAGACGUCGCUGCGAGAAUCAUAACAUCCGAUCGAAUGAAACCCCAAUCCAAACGCCCUAAACCCGUCGCUUUCCAGACCCGGGUUGGCCCGCCACUCGAACCCGCCAAACCCAAACGGAUCACCCGGCUCGCUGUACAACAACAAAAACAACAAGAAGAAGAAAAACAACAGCAACAAAAACAGAGGUUGAAGACACUGGCAGAAAUCUCAAACCGUCGGAUCCCUUUGUCGGAGGUUGUGUCGGAUUGCUCGAUGCGGUGGUUUGGAGAAACGCUUUUGGCGGCUGAAAAUGGUGAUGUGAAUAUGCAGGUGUUGGUGGGUCAGAUGUAUUAUAGUGGUUAUGGCACUCCUAAAGAUGCACAAAAGGGACGAGAAUGGAUUAAGGCAGCUUCCAGGAGCCGUAGCUCGGUUUGGAAAGUUGGCUAUAAACCUCCAGGUUACAAUGCUAGCGACUCGGAUUCAGAUGAAGUGAAGACUGAAGGAAAACAGACCUAAAUAUUUGUACAUGGGCUCAACACAGUGAUCAAACUUUUGAACAAAGUCUUCUAGACGUGCUGGAUAUCAAACUCUUUUGUACUUAUUUCUUAUCCGUUCUACUUAUACUUUCUAUCUGUCGUUAUCAGACUAGCUUUUGGGGCUUAUUUUUUGUGCAAAUCACAUAAUUUGCAAGUCAGGUAAUGCCAUGGUGAAAAGAACUUGUUCAUAUAUAUCAUUUCUUUCACCCUCA